AUGCGACUUUCGUUCAACGCGCUGCUCUCGGCGCUGCUGCUCGUCGCGUCCAUCCGCGUCCAUGUACACGCGGCACACUCGUCCAGUGUGAAUUCGCAUGCGAGGAGGAGUUUGUCUUUGGAAGGGAGGGAGUUGGAGGUGGAGGGGGAAUUGGUGGAGAGAGCAGGACCGCUUUUGCCUGUUGACAUUGCAGGCUUGAAUAUCCCGGGUAUCAUCGGCCCUCCUGAUUCUGGCAACGACGGCGGUGACAACGGCGACGGCGACGGCAACCAGUCGUCGGCUAAUGCCUCCGCUUCCGGCGCCGCCCAGAGUGCGACCCCAUCAAACUCUGCACCCGCCCCUUCCGCUUCCGACAACAACUCGAACGUUGGCAACGGAUCUCAAGCGUCGUCGUCCGCUGCUGCGGACGCGUCCUCCGCCACACCCCCACCCGCCGCGUCGAGUACGCCUAGUGCUAGUGCUAGUGGGAAUGGAGGAGGGCUGCUAGGUGGACUAGGGAGUGCGGCGAGUAAUGUGGUAGGUGGGCUCACGAGUGCCCUGGGGGAUGUGACGAGCGUGUUGGCGCCGACGAGUGUCACGCCCCCUCCCUCCUCCUCCUCUUCCUCUAGUGAUUCAGCAUCUGCAUCGGCUUCAAGCGAUGAUAGCUCAUCGUCUGCGACACCACCCCCCAGCGACUCGGCAACGCUCACCGCCCCGCCUGCAUCCACGUCCACGUCUACGCCGGGAAAUAUACUGUCGAGCAUAUUGAAUCCCGUUACGAGUGUCCUCUCGAGCGUGGUGGAUCCGGUGACGAGUGUCCUAUCGAGUGUGGUGGAUCCGGUGACGAGUGUGGUGUCAGGUUCGUUGUCCGCCUCCUCUGCUUCUUUUACGAUUUCUUCUUCUUUUCCUUCUCCUUCGUUGUCGAGUUUGAGUUUGAGCUCUGUUCCUGCCCCGACUACGACUCCUAGCCCUACGGAGACCGUGGACCCGGACCCUGUAUCGUCGAUCCUGUCGAGCGUCGCGAGUGGUGUGGUAUCGCUUACGAGUGUAUUGGACCCGAGCACUUUUUCUCCUACUUUUUCUGUUUCGUCCACAGUGGAUGUUCCUUCUUCUACACCGGAUGUUUCGUCCACCCCGGAUGUCUCUUCUUCUACACCGGAUGUCUCUUCUUCUUCUUCGUCCACCCCGGACUUUCCUUCUUCUACACCGGCGCCAGCGAGCAGCACGAGCACACCCGUGAACCCCAUUUCAACUAUAAUUUCUAUUCUAUCCAGUAUUGUGCUCCCGCCUGACUCUGCUUCUUCUUCUUUCCCGCUGUCGUCUGCGGCGUCUACAGAUGUUACGAGUGUGCCGGUUUCGGUGUCGGUGCCUGUUUCGGUGUCGGUGCCGGUUUCGGUGUCGGUGACGAGUGUUCCGCCUGAUUCGACGACGGUGCCUCCGGAUUCGACGACGGUGCCUCCGGAUUCGACGACGGUUCCCCCGCCUGAUUCGACGACGCUCCCGCCGCCUGUGAGUGGUAGCGACAGUUCAGUCCCGUCAAGCACGACCCCUCCGCCUAUCACGACGGUCUCUGUACCCCUCUCGUCAACAUCAAUCAUCAUCUCCUUCCCUAGCGGCUCGCAGAGCGCUAGUGCGAGCCAGAGCGGGGACCUCUCAGCGAGUGGCAGUGCGAGUGCGAGUGUAUCGGAUGGGGGCGAUGCGAGUAGUACGACGGACGCGCCGUUCACGAUUAUAACGAGUAUUUCGGUUGACCCUGCGCUCUCGUUCGUCCUCACUGAAUCGUCACUUGCGCUUGCGUCGUCGACGCCUACACCGACCCAACCAAGCACAACGCUUACGGAUCCAGACCAAGUCACAUCCACCCUCGAUCCACUUUUAACCACAGCACCCAACGGGCAGACGACUCUAGCCCAAGCGCCCCUGCCCACGGAUAUGCCGGGGAGGAUUUUACCAGCGGAUGCGAUGAACACGGCCAAUGAGGAUUUGGCUGGGUUCACGCUUGUUAGUAUAUUGUUUGAUAGUGAUUUGAAUUGGAACUUUGUGGUGAAUAGUCGGAUUUCGAGUAGUCAGAUUUUUGCGUAUGUGCCUGUGUUGAUUAAUGCGGCUGUUGGGGUUUCGGGUGAGUGGUUUGGUUUUUUCUCUCCUCCUCCUAUUCGCUUUUUUCGCUCAUCCUCCAUCCUCUCCCUCUCCCUCCCUUUCCCGCUGUCCAUGGCCCGUGUAACUGACACCCCCCGUUCUUUCACAGGCGACCAAAUCAAAACGUGGGCACUCCAAGUCUACGUCCCAACAACCUACCACUCCGCCGCAGACCUCGCAGAACUCGGUACAAUGUGGCUAGGCUACAUACCCACGCAAUACGUCAACGACCUCGCAGCGCAAAUCAAAGCGCGCACGUCCCCCUUUUACACGGGUGUAGCGGACAACGUCGCGCGUGCGCUCGCCCAGCGCGUCAACUCGGGGUUCAGCAUUUUGUCGGUCGCGGCGGAUGCGGGUGUGGGCAGUCCGGAUGGGGCGGGGCUUGGUGCCGGGGUGGGUGCGGGUGCGGGGAGUGUGGUGGGGAGUACGGGGGCUAGUGCGGGUGGUGAUCGGAGUAGGCAGGACGCGAUUAUAGGUGUUGUCAGUGCGCUUGGAGCCAUCGCGCUCCUUGUCCUUGUCUUCCUCGUGUACCGCAGCCUCAAGCGCCGCCGCCAGCUCGCGCACCGCCGAUUAUCCGAUCCACCCAUGGUCGGAAAUCCGGGUGUGAGGCAGGAUGGGGUUGUUAGGGAGUUUGAUGAGGAUAGUAUUGGUGGGCAGAGGAGACGCAGCUUUUAUUUUGCGGAGGAUAGUUUGAGGGGGUAUCAGGGUGAGCGGGGGGAGGAGGGUGGGUAUCAGUAUAGUGCCCAGCAUGCUGGAGGAGGGGGAGGGGGAGGAGGACAGCAGCAGAUGAGCCAGAGGAGGAAUGUGGUUCCGAGUGCGAUUUCGGCGCCGAUUUUGAGGGAGAAUACGAUGAAUUGGUAG